AUGACUCGCGCGGGAUCGAGCGGGGGGGAUGGCUCCGCGGGGGCGGAAAGUGCGGGGCAGACACAGGGAAAGCGCCCCGGGUCGUCGGGCAACGACAACGCCGAGAACUUCGACUUUCAGGGUAUCAACGAUCCUGAGCUCUCGGAGUUUUUGAAGUUCCUGGUCGAGGGCGACGAAGACGGGCUGGCCCGCCCCCCCCCGGGCACGAGCGCUCUCUCCGAGGAUCUCUCCAAGGUGUGGGAGGCGCUAGAGAACGGGGACGACAUCAUGGGCGCGCCCAUCGGCCAGACUUUGGCCGCGCGCGCGGCCAAGAGCGGGAAGACCUUCAACUCCGAGGAUCUCCACCGCGCCGCGAAGCAGUGGCAGUCGCGGAACCAGGCGCAGAACGGGGGCAAGCUCAACGUAGUCGCCAUGGAUCUUGCCAUGGCUUCCAACCGUAAGGACCCCCGCAACAACAAAAACGAGGGCGCCGCGAACCAGAACCGCACGAGCGGCGGGAGCGGCGGGAGCGGCGGCGGCGGGAGCGGCGUCGGCGGCGGCUCCGGAGGCAGCGGCACGCGGUUGAACAGCGGCGGCUCCGGCGGCAAGGGCGGCGGGAGCGGCGGCAGCAGGGAGGGUUCAGAGUUUUCCGGCGCGGGCGCUGGCGCUGAGAACGACGUGGUGGGCGGCGGCGACGGAACCAGCGCGCUCGACAUGGUGAAAGAAAUUUCAUCCACCAUGCAGAUCGCGCGGGCGCAGCAGGUGGAGGCCGGCAACAAGAAUCCGGGCGCCGUGCCCGACCUGAACGUGCCGCCCGAGGUGCUGAUCCGGCGGAUCGGCAAGCUCCUCGACACGAUAUCCACCGAGCUCGAGUACGGCAGCCUGCUGCAGCUCUUCGUCCCGCGGAUCAACCAGAAGAGCGGCGCCAUCUCGUUGGUGACGCACAAGGACCUUUCGCGGGUGAACACGGUGCACGAGAAGAAGUUCUGGAAGUAUCACGACGCGUCGUGCCAGUUUUUCUUCAACGUGUCGCCGAUGUCCCCCGACGGCUUGCUGGGGUUACCCGGCCGGUGCUUCCUGCUGAAGCGGCCGGAGUGGACCCCGAGCGUGUGCUGCUACAGGCCGCUGGAGUACCCACGACUGGCGUGCGCGAUCGAGUGCCAGGUGCACUCGACCAUCGCCGUGCCCAUCUUUGCCAGCGAUCCGAAAGAGACCCAGGAGAUGCCGCUGGCGGUGAUUGAGAUGCUGAUGGACCACCAGACGUCCUCGCUGGGGCAGGUGUUCGAGUUCACGUCCAGAUCGCUCAACAAACACGGGUUUUACACGUGCGGGCACGAGUGCCUCGGCACCGAGCUGACGAUGAAGAGCGCGCUGAAGGACGUCCUGCCCACGCUGUGCGAGUCAAACUCGGUGGCGCUCGAGAACAUGUGCGACGGCCUCCAGUUCCCCUUUGCGCAGUGCUGGGUGGCGCACAAGGGAAAACUGAUCACCGCGGGCGCGCCGUUCUGCGUGAAGGAUAAGUUGACCAUGCCCUACAGGCAGAUCUCGAAGCAGGUUUCCAUCAAGGAGGGCCAGGGGCCGGUGGGUGAGGCUUUCCAGAAGGGAACCAUGAUCUGGGUGGAUGACGUGCAGAAGGGUUCGCAGGUGGAGUGGCCGCUGCAGCACACCACGGCGCUCCUGGGACUUCACGGCGCGUGCGCGUGCAAGAUUCUGCUCAAACCCACGCACGCGGGUCAGUCGGACGGGGAGACCCCGCAAAAGGCACCCAUCGAGGCUGUCCUUGAGGUGUUCCUCCCGUCCAACCUGACCACGGCGCAGCAGCAGCAGAAGAGCGUGGAGAGCCUGUGGAACUACCUGCAGAGCGCCGCGCAGCUGCGGGUGGCGAACCAGGAGCAGGUGGGUCAGGGCGUGGUGUCCCAUAACGAUCGUGCGAUGAGCGUGGGCGGGGACCGGAACGGCGCGGACGGCGCCGAGCGCGGUGGACUCUACCAGCCCUCCAACGCGCCUGGGCAGUGGAACACCGAGGAGCACGGACCGGAGGAGCCGCCGUGGGGAAUCACCCUGAGUAUGCUGUCGCAGCACUUCAACAAACACCUGAAGGACGCCGCAAAGGACCUCGGCGUGGGAUCCACCACCUUGAAACGAAUCUGCCGCCACUUUGGCAUCGCGAGGUGGCCGCGGCGGAGCCUCAAGUCGAAGCAGGGCCGGCUGCAGAGCGCGCUCAAGACGCUCAGUGCGGAGACGGGCGGCGUCUUGUCCGGCGGCGGCGGCGAUCAGUGGAACCAGGAGGGCUCCGUUCACGGGGGUAUGUUCGACGACGGGGGAACGAGCCAGCGCGGCGGGAGCGGGUACGCCGGAUCGCUCAUGCAUGAUGAUAGUUUCCUCGGCAGCGGCCCGGGCAGCGCCAACCCUUCGAUGAACGGUCCCCCUGGCGCGAUGGGUUACAUGGGCAUGAACGGCGGCAAACCCGGGAUUCGCGGGUCCAGCGCGCACGGGGGCUACCCCAUGGGUGGCGGCAGGGGUGGGAGCAUGAACGGUGCGAACCAAUUCAGCGGGAUGAAGCGCGCGCCGCAGGAUGAGCAUCACGACCCGUGGGGCUCGCAGCACGGCGCGACCCGGUUCAGGGACGACGCCAACGGGAACGGGAUAUCGAUGCAGCAGCGCGGGAAUACCUGGCACGGCGGGCAGCAGCAGGGUGGAUACAUGCAGUACUCCAACCAGGGACAGGGACAGGGACAGGGACAGGUCCACUUCAACGGCGGGAUGUACAACCAGCAGCAAAUGCACACGAAUCAGCAGCAGGGUGGCGCGAAUGUGUGGAACUCGUUCGAAGGUGGUUUCAACGGGGGGGGCGAUCAGCGCGGCGGGAGCACCCACAACGGUCACAUGCACGGCGGAAUGAGCGCCAUGAACGCGCUGCAAAGUCAAAACUCGCUGCCGAUGCAGCGAUCCGAUCCGAUGCAGCGAUCCGAUUCGUACCAGCGCAUGGACGUCCACAUGCAAUCUUCGAUGGACGCCGCGGGGGCCAGCUCCGGUGGUUGGUCCAGCGGCGGGCAACCGCUCGGCGGCGGCGGCGGCGGCGCGCCCGGGCCCGGCCAGGUGUUCAAGCUCAUGCUCAAGGACGACAUGAUCCGCAUGAGGCUCCUCAACGAGGUCUCCCACCGCGCGCUGAUCAAGCGCGUGUCCGAGGUGAUGGAUAUCCCCGAGCACCAGGUGCGGCUCAAGUACAAGGACGACGAGGACGACUGGUGCGUGCUUGCGACGGAUCAGGACCUGAAGGAUGCGUACGGGUUCAUGGGUCAGACGGGCGUGGACAGCGGAAAACACAUCAAGCUGUACAUGGUGUCCCCCAACGCACCCGACGGUAAGAUGCUCCACUCCAUACGCCCCGGGAUUUUGCGCCAGGAGAUCUCCACGAUGACGUCGGCGGCGUACGCGGUCAACGCGCACGCCGUCAACUUUGUCGUCAAGGUGACCAUGGGCACGGACACGGUGCGGCUGAAGCUGUCGCCCGGGAUGAACACGGCGGACCUGAGGGCGCGGUUGGCGGAGUCGUUCUACCCGUCCGACGUGGGCAACAAGCUGAGGCUGAAGUACAAGGACGACACGGAGGAGUGGUGCACUUUGGGGGGCGACGCCGACUUGGACGAGUGUCGGGCGGUGAACUGUCAAACCGGAACCAUCCGACUCCACGCGCACUGA